UAUCCUCUUCAGCUUCUCAAUCUCUGCUCAUUCCUCCUUACACAGGUUUACCUGUCUUUGCCAAAAUGGCUGCACUCCUGAACAGCAUACUCACCGUGAUCAAGGUGUUCCAGAAAUAUGCUAAAGAGGAUGGGGACUGUGCUCUGCUGAGCAAGAAGGAGUUGAAGCAGCUGCUCUUGGCUGAGUUUGGAAACAUCCUCCGGAGACCAAAUGACCCAGAGACUGUGGAAACCAUCCUGAACCUCUUGGAUAGAGACAGAAAUGGACAUGUUGAUUUUAAUGAAUUUCUCUUGCUGGUGUUCCAGUUGGUCCAAGCUUGCUAUCAUAAGGAGGAAAAUAAGUCAUGUGGGAAUAGAACCUCCCAGCAAGAAGGAGAGCAGGAGGGAACACAAGACCAUAGCUUUCCAGGAAAUACAAGCAGACAACAUAGGCAGAGGCAUGAGAAAGAAAAGCAGGACUCCCACCAUGGUCAGUCUGAGAAAUGGGGUCAGGAUUCCCACCAUGGUCAGUCUGAGAAAUGGGGUCAGGAGUCUCACCAUGGUCAGACUGAGAGACGGGGUCAGGACUCCCACUAUGGUCAGACUGAGAGACAGGGUCAGGACUCCCACCAUGGUCAGACUGAGAGACAGGGUCAGGAGUCUCACCAUGGUCAGACUGAGAGACAGGGUCAGGACUCCCACCAUGGUCAGACUGAGAGAUGGGGUCAGGACUCCCACCAUGGUCAAUCUGAGAAACAGGGUCAGGAUUCCCACCAUGGUCAGUCUGAGAAAUGGGGUCAGGACUCCCACCAUGGUCAGACUGAGAGACGGGGUCAGGACUCCCACCAUGGUCAGACUGAGAGACGGGGUCAGGACUCCCACCAUGGUCAGACUGAGAGACGGGGUCAGGAGUCCCACCAUGGUCAGUCUGAGAAAUGGGGUCAGGAGUCUCACCAUGGUCAGACUGAGAGACAGGGUCAGGACUCCCACCAUGGUCAGACUGAGAGACAGGGUCAGUACUCCAGCUCUGAUCAAAAACUGAAUCAUAAAUCUAACAGUGACCAGAAUAAAAGAGAAGGAUAUUUAUUUGCUUUAAAUCAGUAUGAGACACAAGUUCAGGAUUCUCAUAAUGGCUGGUCUGAAAGGCUUGGACAACAACAAGGCCAGCCUAGAAGAUUUAGAGAGGAUUUGUGCUGUAGCCAAAGAAACCAAAAGGAAUCAGGCUCUUAUUAUGGGAAUUCUGCAAGCCUGGAUCAGGAAUCAGGCUAUCAUCAGAGAGACAGGCAAGACUUUGAUUCUCAACAUGGCCAGUCAGACAGACAAGGCCAGAGUUUCCACUAUGGACAGGCAGACAGACAAGGCCAGAGUUCCCACUAUGGACAGACAGAUAGACAAGGCCAGAGUUCCCACUAUAGACAGACAGGCAGACAAGGCCAGAUUUCCCACUAUGGUCAGGUAGACAGACAAGACCAGAGUUCCCACUAUGGUCAGACAGACAGACAAGGCCAGAGUUCCCACUAUGGACAGACAGGCAGACAAGGCCAGAGUUCCCACUAUGGUCAGACAGACAGACAAGACCUGAGUUCCCACUAUGGUCAGGCAGACAGACAGGGCCAGAGUUAUCAUUAUGGACAGGCAGGCAGACAAGGCCAGAGUUCCCACUAUGGUCAGGCAGACAGACAAGACCAGAGUUCCCACUAUGGUCAGGCAGACAGACAAGACCAGAGUUCCCACUAUGGUCAGGCAGACAGACAAGACCAGAGUUCCCACUAUGGUCAGGCAGACAGACAAAACCAGAGUUCCCACUAUGGACAGGCAGACAGACAAGGCCAGAGUUCCCAUUAUGGUCAGGAAGACAGACAAAACCAGAGUUUCCACUAUGGUCAGGCAGACAGACAAGGCCAGAGUUCCCAUUAUGAUCAGGCAGACAGACAAAACCAGAGUUUCCACUAUGGUCAGGCAGACAGACAAAGCCAGAGUUCCCACUAUGGACAGGCAGGUAGACAAGGCCAGAGUUCCCACUAUGGACAGGCAGGCAGACAAGGCCAGAUUUCUCACUAUGGUCAGGUAGACAGACAAGGCCAGAGUUCCCACUAUGGUCAGGCAGAAAGGCAAGGCCUGAGCUCUCAGUGCAGUCAGUCAGAGCCUGGGGAAACUGGGCAAAAUAGAUGCUUCCAGGGGAAUGAGCGAACAAGCAGAGGCUCACAUGUUGAGCAAUCAGGAAGGUCAGGAAAACCCAGUCAACAGACUCAAGGACAAAAAGUGAACCAAAAUCAGGGACAGAGAUUUCAGUCUAGGGUAGAGCAACGGAACAGUCACCAGGCAUGGGAGCCUGAGGAGGAUAGCCAACACCACCAACACAAACUCAUGGCACCAAUUCAGCAAGAAAGGCCACACUCUCACAAAGGGAGUGAGAGGCAAUCACGCAGUAGUGAGCAGGGUCACAGAGAGGCCCAGACCAAGGAGAGUCAUGGUGAGGAGCAGAGCCACCAGGCAGAGGAAGAGAAGGAUCACCAAAUUGGGGGUAGAUGUGGUCGUGAGGGUGAGACACGGAAUAGGCAAACCCAUGAAGAGGAACAAAACCAUCAGACCCGGGGCAGGAAAACCCAUGAAGAUGAGCAGAAGCACCAGAGACGAGAUAAGCAACCUCAUGAAGAAGAUCAAAACCGUCAGCCACAACGGGAAAGGCAAACCCAUGAGAAGAAAGAAAGAGAUCAAGAGUCCCAGGAUCGACAAUCCCAUGGAACCCAGCGAGGCUAUGCUAACAGGGAAAAUUACUGCAUGAAUGAGGAUGACCAGAGCCAAGGCUCCCAGGGAAGACACGGUAGCCUGGCCUUCCAUCCAACCCAGAGCCAUGGGAGGCCCCAAAGAAGAGAAGAAGGUGGAAGUCACCCUACCAAGGCAGUGAUUACUCCCAAUCCCCUCUAUGAUUAUCUACAAGAGCAGAGAGAGCAGUGGAACUAGGCCUUAUUGCACAACAGAGCUACUGUCAAAGAAGAAAUCUACGUGUCAAGUUCAUAUUUACUUCUAAGAGAUUGAAAAUGUAUGUCUUCCUUCUCUCCUCUACUUACUAUCUACUUUCAAGGAUGCUUUUUGAGGACUAGCAUUUACUUCUAGGGCAUUUCGGUUCUUUGAGCAGCAAAUCCAGGGUGUGCUGGCCGGUUGAAAUCUGAGUGGUAAAUUGGGUGAAAUAAUCAGAUCCCAAUUUUGAUUAGUUUGGGGAUUUAAAUCAUUUCCUAGUUUGCCUUCCUUGUAACUAGGGUAUGGUUGGGUCACUGAAAAGUAGAAACUUCUCCCAAAAUUCAGAAACAGGAAAGGUAUUCUGAAGAUAUGCACCACAAACUGAGAGGAGGAUAUCUGGGCUUUAGUGAGUUUUGGCUCCUGUGGAUGAAACAUCAGGAAUUUCAAGCCUCAUAGUCUACACUUGAACCUCAGUGAGAGGCUGCUAGGAGAGUCAGAGACCACAAAGGACAUCUCUGAUUCACAACACCUCCAGCGCCCAGGCUCCUACCCUUCAUCAGAGGGACUGUCCUGGCUCCUAGCGCUAAAGCUGACUAGACUGGCUUUAGCUCAAUACCAUUCUAGUUUCUGAUCAUAUUAAAUAGAAAGGAAGCAUAUGUCAUCUGUUUUCAGAUCCUAGUCAAUCAAAAUUGUUGACCCAAAGAUACUGGGGCCUGAAAACCAUUCACAAGAAAAUCUAUGGAAUUGUAUUUAAAUGCCCAAUAAAUAAUUGAUGAGCAAUGAC